CUACUUGUGUUUGUGUGUGUUUGUUCUAUACAAUUAUUGUUGCGACCGGAAAAAAACCGAGAAAAUUAGCAACUUGAGUUUUGUGUUAACUUAUUAAAAGUAAAAAUCCAAUAUGAAUAAGGAACAAGACUAUGCCUCAGAUAGCGAUGAAAGUGAUGAAGAUUUCUGUCCAGAAAAUGUAAACGAAGAAGACGAUUCCGGCGAAGAAGAAGACGACGAGAGCGAAUCCGAAGAGGACGACGACGCCGAAGCAGGCAAAAAAGUAACUAAAGCGGCAAAAGGCAAAAAGAAGGACAAAGUAAAGGAUAAGCGAAAAAGCAUAGAAACAGAAAUCACUGCACGCAGCACGCGGCAAACGGAAGUGAAACAGAAUGGACGCGAAGCAGCGGAAAAGGACGAAUUGGAGUCCGAUGAGGAAGUGGACAAAUCCCGUUCCGAUGCGCUCUGGGCGGACUUUUUGGGAGAUGUGGGCGCCGAGAGCAAACCAACCGCCACGAAGCCCAAGGAGAGGCAACCUUCACCCGUAAAGCCAACGGAGAAAAUAAAACCCAAAUCACCAGUUGCCACCAGUGAUCAUGUGACCGAAAUGCUGGACUCCAGAGCCAAAUCCAGUCCCAGUUCCACUUCCAGUGCAAAGGAGAAUCAAGAGCAGUCGGCAACGGUCAGCUUGAAAACAGGAGCAUCACCACGAGGCGUCUUCGGUGCCGCCAAACGACCUGCGAAUGGAGGCGGAACCGGAAGCGGAAGCGGUGGAGCUGGCGGCGGUUUGGGCUCCCUACUCAAUCAGCUGGGCAAGAAGAAGAAACUGUCGGUGCUGGAGAAGUCACAGCAGGAUUGGAAGAGCUUCAAGAACGACGAGGGCAUCGACGAGGAGUUGCGUACUCACAACAAGGGCAAGGAUGGCUACUUGGAACGCCAGGACUUCUUGCAGCGCACGGAUGUGCGACAAUUUGAGAUUGAGAAAAACCUUCGACAGACGCGACGACAAAACUAAAGAUAACAACCUUGGGCAAGAUUUGCAUCCACUUCCAAGCACAUCGAACACACAUUCAUAUUCACAUUCACACAUUCAUUCGCUGUCCACAUUCACAUUCGUACUCUUUCUCUAAGUUUAAAAUAGAGCAACAUUUGCUUAACACUAAGUUUUAUCUGUAAGGCUUCAAUCCUUCUGAAUGUGGCCCCAAAACAAACAAACUAUAAAACGCUAUUGAUUAAUCGAAUACAUAUAAAUCUAUAUAUAAAA